AAUGAACUAAUUUUCGACACACAAUCGCUCAACACCGGCUAAAUGAGUUGCAACAAUGACAAUUGUUUGAGGUUAUUCGUGUGAAGCGCUUGCACCCGAUCGGAAAUCAAUUUCUUCGUUUUUUUGAUAUUGAAACAAUAGUCUUUUUUCGUUCGAUUAAAUUUUUCAAAUUGUUUAUUAUUCAAAGGCUUCAGUAUGGCAAAUUGGAUCACAAAAUUAUACGAACAAUUGUUGCAUUCGUUGGAUGACGUUUUGGAUAUUGCUGACAUGGAUAUGGCAAUGCAAACAAUGUCGGUAUUCGAACAAAUUCAACUGACAAAGGAAGAAUUGGAAUCGACGAAAAUUUGUGAAUACAUGAAAGAUUUGUAUGUCGAAACAACGAAUCAAUAUCUAAAAUAUCGCUUGGAAAUUGUGCUUCACCAAUGGCGUGACAUUCUACGGAAUGCUCCAAUGAAGCAGCCUAAGUCACGUCGUGUCGUGUCCAGUUCGGUGUUUGAAGCUGUUAUCAUGGAUGACGAUCGAUUUUUCGAAACAACAAGUGUUCCAGAGCUAUUGCAUCGCUUGCUGAAAUCGUUCGACAAAAAUUACAAGGUGACUGAUAUGGCAACAGUUUUGAAUACAAUCGAUACAUUCGAAAAGAUCGACAUCCCGGUAUCACAACUGGCUACGACGCGUUUGGUAACUUAUAUUCGUCGUUUGCGUCGCAAAACCACCAACAAAUACCUAUCGAAUCGGCUGCGAAAACUGCUCAAAAAAUGGCGUGACUCAUUGGCACGAAACGAGAAGAAUGUUAAAAUGGCAAUCAAAUGAAAAGUUCAGAAAACGAAAACGAAAAUGUAAAAGAAACAUCUUUUUGUGAUGCUACUAAAAUAUCACUGAUAAUUAUCAGUAUUAUUAGUUAUAACUAAUAGUGUUCGAAUCGAUAGCAAAUAAUUUUUUUCGGUGAUCACAUGCAAGGGCUAAAUAUAAUAAUGAAUUGCAUAUAGGAAAUUUAAUUGUUUAAAUUUAAUCAAAUAAAAAUGGUAUUUUAAAAA